UCACACCGGGGCUCAACAGCAAAACCACAGGGGCUCCUGAUCCAGAUCUGAUAAAAGGGAUGGAGAAGGAGAGGACACUGAAGCAUUUUCCUCCAUAUGGUGCCAUUAACCCUAACUCCUCAGAUACCUGCCCCACUUGUAGAGGCACCGGGCGGAUUCCACGAGGCCAUCAAGACCAGCUGGUUGCCGUGAUACCCUGUAAUGAUAUAAGGCUGAAACCCAGACGCACGAAGCUCUAUGUGUGUGUCUCCAUGGCUUUGUGUCUCUUCCUCUGCUGUCUGAUCCUCUUCUUCCUCUUCCCCCGGAGCAUCACCCUAACGCCUGUGUCUGUGCUGUCAGUCAUGGUCUACUUCAGCCCGGAUACAGUUGAUAUGAAAGUCACGAACCUCAUCAACAUCACCAACGAGAACUUUGUCCCAGUUCAGAUCUCCGACUUCACCGUUCAAGGUCUAGUGUCUGAUAUAGUCGUGGGUAAAACCAAGAUAUCCAACAUGACCGCCCUCCAAUCCCGCUCAAUGAAAUCGUACACCAUUCAAAUCGACCUGCCUAUUUCAGAUAAAGGCUUAAACACUUACUGCAAGUCGACCUCUAUCAAGAUUCACACGUUAUUUCUGGAGCUGCAAAUGACCAUGAACAUCUCGUACCUGUCUCACACGGAGCAGCUGUCUCUGGACACCUUCGAGUACAUCGACUGUGGCACCAACUCCACUUCCCCACAUCCUGUCAGAUGAUGAUGAUGA